AUGAAGAGGCACCCAGACUUCUGCUGGGUCGUCAGUCUCCUAACGGCCAUCUUCCCAACCAGGCACCUUCCCCACGUGCUAACGACAAUUCCCAUUGACUCCAACCUCCUGUCCAGUGGCAGCAUCUCGCAGAUGAUGGGAGGGGCCCUCUGCUGGCACCAGGCGUGGGCUCAGGCAUGUGGGGAGCAAGAGUACCGGGGUGAGGAUGGUCGCUGCGUCCUCUGCGAAGCAUGUCCAGCUGGAGAAGAGCCAGACCGAAAAUGUGGUUAUGGUUCAGGAUUAGGAAUGGCCUGCAAGCCGUGCUCGGUAGGUUUCUUCUCUUCCAGCUCUGGGCUGGAUCUCUGCUCAUUGCAUACUGCUUGCGAGGCCAAGAAGAGGGUCCGUGCCCGCCUUGGAACAGCGACUGCGGACACUUUGUGUGGCGCCUGCUUGCCUGGGUAUUACAGUCCAGAUGGGGAGAUGGAUCCAAGAGCCACUUGCCUCCCUUGCCUGUCUGCCCCCAGGGGGGUGCCUGGAUGCCAAGGCUCCAGGAAGUGGCCAACUCGCCUGGCCCGGAACGCAGAGGCCCUUCCGAGAUGGGGCGAGAAGAUGGCUGUUAACGGCACCCGGGAGGGGAAGCCGGAGGAGAGCGCCACGCAGUACGCAGUCCUGGCCAUCGUCCCCGUCUUCUGCAUCAUGGGCUUGCUGGGCAUCCUCUUCUGCAACCUCCUGAUGAAAAAGGGCUACCACUGCAUGGCCCAGAAGGACACGGACGAGGAGGCGGCCAAGUCGGAGAGAACUGGGAACAGUUCAGGCUGCAGGGCAGAAGACGCGAACGAAGACACCAUUGGGGUCCUUGUACGGCUGAUCACAGAGAAAAAAGAAAAUGCAGCCAUUCUGGAAGAUAUGCUGAAGGAAUACCACAGCAAGCAACUCGCGCGGCCGAUUUACAAGCCCAUGAACAAGUUGCACCUCCUGCCUCAGAUCCCCCACAUUUGCCGGCAUCAGCACCACCUCCACACUGUCCAGGGCCUGGCCACGCGCCCAGGCCCCACCUGCACCCGGUGCAGCCAGAAGAAGUGGCCGGAGCUGCUGCUGUCCACAGGAGCCACCCCCACGACCAUCCUACCCAGCAGCCACACCCCAAAACCCACAAGGCCGGGGGAGAUCACCAUUCUCUCAGUGGGCAGGUUCCGCGUCGCCCGUAUUCCUGAGCAGAGAUCCAACCCCGCAGAACUAAAAACCAUUUCCGAGGGCGUGAGGGAGGCCGAGCCCAGCGAGCCCCCUUACGCCUUCCUCGCCCCAGAGCAAAAGAUGCUGGUCGGCAACGGAGGAAAGCUGAAAUGGCCCGGGAUGGUGGAGAGCCAGCAAGAGCAAGUGGGUUUUGUCCAUUGCAUCUACACGGAUAUCCAGACGGACAAGAGACAAGAGGAUGGUUCUCAAGUCCCUUGGGCUUGA